UUCGUGAGAGAGGUUUCCUUCGUCUUCGUUGUGGUUUCGUGGUUUCCGAUCGACAUUCGGGUAGGUCUAGCGCAACCUACCCAAACUAGCCAACGGAAAGCAGGGAGCCUGGCAGCCAGCUUCAGCACCUCGGCAAAUUACUUGCAAUAAUGAAAUUAGUUUAAGAGAAGUGCUCGCAUGAGAAGCACUUGGAGCGGGUUUUGUGUUUCCCCCUUUUCCAAAGGCCGUUUCGGAUUUGCCAAGUUUUCUGUUCAACUAGAACCAGCUACUAGUCUCCCAGGACCCGACCCGGGAAGUUUGAGUCCAAGUGCAAAGUUUAUUCGAAUCGGUUCGAGCCGUCACGAUCCCAGCGCCGAGUGUAACGUUUGGAAUUUCGUCUAAAGUUCUGAAAGUAGUUCAAGUUCUUGGAGGAGAAAAAGUUUGACACAAAUUUGGUCUGUCGGUUGAAAGCGAAGAAAAAUUCUCAAGAAAAAAGUUCAAAAUAUUCCAUCAAAUCCUUAAAGUGAUGUGACAAAUUCCCUGAGUGAGUUCCCCAGAUUUCCAACCCCCUGCAAUAGAUCCAUCCAACACAUCGAACACCGAGCCUCCGAACGAUGCUGCGCUGAGUGCGUCCGUCGAGAUAACAAAACACAGUUUGCGUCGAGAGUUUGGGAAAGUUUUUUUGCAAAAGUGCGCGCGCCAAUCGAUCUGGGCCUCGCCGCCGCCAAGAGAGAAAUCCUCAAUCGCCGUCGAAAAGAUACCAUCCGGUUUCCAUCCGGUCCAGUGAGCUGGAAUUUUUCGCGCCAAACGAUCGAUACACCAGGAAGAGAGUUAUCAUCACCGCGGCGGCGCAGUCAGUCGUUCUCGUCGAAGCGUGUCGAAAAAUCUGAAUAAUCUGGAUCGAAACACCCGCCAAGGCUGCCCCCGUCAGUGAAGGGUUUGGGAGUGGAUGAGUGAUCGUCGUCGUCGUCGUCGAAAUUUGAUCCUCGGAUGAGACGUAACGCCGCGCAGGUGUGUGAUGGCGGCAGGUGAAAAAGUGUUGUGAGGAAUUCAAACCAGCAUCCCUUCGGUUAAUCUGGAGCAAGAGCGCGGAAAAAGAGAGAAAAAUUGUUGCACGCAGUGAUUUUCACGGGAGUUUGAUUUUUUUUCUGUUUGAAACAGUGCAAAAAAAAGUGUGAAACAGAUAGAGAUUAGUGCCAAGCAACUGGAAGAAAGUGUGAAAACAAACGGAUUCAGUGAUUUCGGCUGUUUUGCGUCCGAUUGGGGACAGUACUUGGAGUUCUCCUGGAACGGACGUCUGCCACAGGACAUCCGGAGUGUGUAGAACGACCCCAGCUUUGUGAGGACAGAACAACAGCCCGAUGAUGGAGUUUAGAGUAGGAGUAUUCUGGCUUUCGUGCCUGGUUCUGCUGUUUAAUCAAGGUAACUUCUUCACAACGGAUGUGUGAAUCAAAUGAAAGUACUGGUAUGCCAAAGGCCUCAAAAAACAUCAGAACAAUUUUCAGAGUUAUUAAGAUUUGAUAAAAAAUAUUUUGUAAGUCUUAACCUAUUGCAAAACGACCACAAAUCAUGUGUAUCACACAAACGAAUGAAUGAUCCCACAUUCCCAGCUUCCAAUUGUUUGAGUGCCCAAUUAAAUCAAAAUAGAAUCUUCACGCCCUGUAAUCACAAUCCAAGCGCAAACACACGCAUUCAGUUUGUCCGUCAUUUGAUCAUCAACUGUAAUGCCCGUUGUGUGCAACUUGCUGUUACUCCCGUUAUUCCUGUUUAUUCCACCCGUGUCACCCCUCGAUCAAAAUUGGACAAGAUAUUUGGUAACUUCAACAGGCAGCCUACCUUUCCUGGCAUCCCAAAUCACCUUGAUUUCUCAUCUUUCAGCGCCGAUCGAUCGAGAAGCAUGGGUACCCAGCUGAACUCCAUUCCGUCACCACCAAAGACGGCUACAUUUUGACCAUAAGUCGCAUCCCGUCUCCCCGGAAAACCCCCAUUCUUCUGAUGCACCAAGUGUACGGCUGCUCUGUGGACUUCACCAUCCUAGGACCCAGGAAAGCCAUCGCCCUCUUAGCUCACGAUCAAGGCUACGACGUCUGGAUGGGCAACGUGCGCGGCAACAUGUUCUCGCGCGAUCAUGUCAGCUUGGACCCCAACAAGAGUGCCUUCUGGAAAUACAGCUACCACGAAAUCGGGUUCUUCGACGUCCCAGCCAUGGUAGAUUACAUUCUGCACCUGACCGGGAGAAAGCGACUGCAUUACAUCGGCCACUCGCAAGGUUCCGUAGUCUUCUUAGUGAUGACCUCGAUGCAUCCACAGUAUAACCAGAAGAUCGCCAGCGCACAUCUAUCGGCUCCUCCGGCAUUCCUCUCCAGAUCAACAGCACCGGUUACCUCCAUGAGUGGCGAGAUCCUCUCCGCCCUCCUGCUAAUGGACAGCUUAGGUGUCCACAGCAUCGGCGAUCGGUUCAACAGCGAACCGCUAAUGUACGUGAAGCGUGCCAUCGACGCGAGCGUCAUCCGCGAGGAGUGGAUCAUGGAGACCGCGUACUACCUGGCCGGCGAAGAUCGCGAAGGCUUCAACAUGUCCGUUAUACCGGACCUGACAGCAGCCUUUCCGGCAGGUGGCUCUCUGAGACAAUUCACGCACUACGUCCAAUGUCACCGGUCCGGGCGUUUCGCCCAGUACGACUAUGGACGGGAGGGGAACUUAAAACGGUACGGACAUUCGACGCCGCCGGCUUAUCCGCUGGAACUGGUGACGGUCCCGGUGGCGAUGUACUACGGAAGUAACGAUCAGUUUGUGGCGGUGGAGGACGUGGAUCUGCUGGCGAAAAAACUGCCCAAUGUGGUGCUGAAGUAUUUACAUCCGAAUCCCAAGUGGAACCAUAUUGACUUUCUGUACGGGAAGGAGGCUCCGGAGGUGUAUCGGAAACUGCUGGGGUUGAUUCAUUCUUAUGAAAGACGGUGACACGGUGGACAUCUUCAAUUACUAUUUGAAACCGUUACCGUUGUACUUCACGUUUCAGUAAGUC